AACAGUCCACUCAGUCAAAGCUAAACACCUAAACUCCGCCAGUCUGUCAGCGUUCUGAUGAAACACACACAAAAGACACCUCAGGAAUCUGCUCCGUAGUGGAAUAACUGUUCCCUUGACCUGGAAUAUACGGCACGUUUAGAGAGAAACGAUGGGCUGUAUGAAGUCCACGCUGAGCGAGGGUCUGAGCGGAGGUGGUGAUGGAAAGAUCAGCCAGCAAGCUGUACGUACCGAGCACUAUGUCAGAGACCCCACCUCCAAAACAAAAAACAACAUAAAUAACUCCUUGCUGCCUGGUCAGGUGUUUCAGAAGAUGGAAGAGCAAGGGGGUAAAAUUGUGGUUGGUCUUUAUGUGUAUGAAGCAACGCACCCUGACGAUUUAGGAUUCAAGAAGGGAGAAAAGAUGCGAAUCCUAGAGGAACAUGGUGAGUGGUGGAAGGCAAAGUCCCUGACAACCAACAGAGAAGGAUUCAUCCCGUCAAAUUAUGUGGCCCAAGCCGACACCAUGGAAACAGAGGAGUGGUUUUUCAAAGACAUCACAAGAAAAGAUGCAGAGAGGCAACUAUUGGCUCCGGCAAACAAACCAGGAUCGUAUCUUGUCCGAGAAAGUGAGACGACGAAAGGAAGUUAUUCAUUGUCCAUCAGAGAUGUGGACGCUCAGGGGACAGAUGCAGUCAAACACUAUAAGAUCAGGAUGUUGGAUGACGGAGGCUGCUAUAUCUCUCCAAAAAUCUCCUUUCCAGACAUCGGCAGCAUGAUCAAACAUUAUCGCAACAAAACAGAUGGGUUGUGUCGUAAACUGGACCGUGCGUGUGUGAAACCCAAAGCUCAGAAACCGUGGGAUAAAGAUGCCUGGGAAAUCUCCAAAGAGUCGAUAAGGAUGGUGAAGAAGCUGGGAGCGGGGCAGUUUGGAGAAGUAUGGAUGGCCUUUUACAACAACACAACCAAGGUGGCGGUGAAGACACUGAAGCCCGGGACCAUGACGGUGGAGGCCUUCAUGGACGAAGCCAACGUGAUGAAGACGCUUCAACACGACAGGCUGGUGCGACUGUACGCCGUCGUCACCAAGACAGAGCCCAUAUACAUCAUCACCGAGUUCAUGGCGAAUGGGAGUCUAUUAGACUUCUUAAAGAGUGAAACAGGUUGUAAACUGCAGCUGCCCAAGCUUAUCGACUUCUCAGCACAGAUAGCGGAGGGCAUGGCGUACAUAGAGAAGAAGAAUUAUAUUCACAGAGACCUGAGAGCUGCCAACGUUCUGGUUUCAGAGAGUCUCCUGUGUAAAAUAGCAGAUUUCGGACUGGCAAGAGUCAUAGAGGACAACGAGUACACCGCCAGAGAGGGAGCUAAAUUCCCCAUUAAGUGGACCGCCCCUGAGGCUUUCAACUAUGGAUCUUUCACCAUCAAGUCCGACAUGUGGUCCUUCGGGAUUCUGCUCUAUGAGAUUAUCACCUACGGGAAAAUCCCCUACCCUGGUAUGACUAAAAGUGAGGUGAUGACAUCCGUCCAGCGUGGAUACCGGAUGCCCAGACCCGACAGCUGCCCUCCGGAGCUCUAUGAGAUCAUGUUGUCCUGCUGGAAGGACAAACCAGAGAACAGACCCACCUUUGACUACGUCCAGAGCGUCCUGGAUGACUUCUACACGGCCACAGAAGGACAGUACCAACAACAGCCUUAAAGAACAUCUGACAGACCCACAAGGAAUGAACCCUGGAAUGUGGACACGUUCGGUUCGGACCAAGAAUGUGUCCAGUUUCUUUAUAACACAGAUAUAACGACUACACAAUAAAACCUUAUGCUUGGUUCAGAGUUUGAAGAUGUGACCUCACCUGAGCCACAAUAUAACAGACGUUUUGCUUUUGAUAAUACGAGAGACGCGUUCCACUGAGGUGUUUUGUAGAACCUUUAUUUAAUCUUGGAAUAUAUUGGCAUGAAGGCAUCAACUGGAAUGUAAAUGAGAAAACACAGGACAAUAGUGAUGACAAAAAAAAUGAAAAAAAAAAUACAAAUGGAAAAAAUAAACAAAACUAUUGAUUCUGGAAAUUACAGAAAAAUGAACGAAUAGAAUAGAAUAGAAUAGAAUAGAAUAGAAUAGAAUAGAAAUGAACUGGAAUAGAAUAGAAUAGAAUAGAAUAGAAUAGAAUAGAAUAGAAUAGAAUAGAAUAGAAUAGAAUAGAAUAGAAUAGAAUAGAAAAAAACAGAAUACAAUACAAUACAAUAGGUCACAUAUUUCAGGACAGAUGUUAAUGCAAAGUCCAAAGAGACUUUGCCAAAUAUAGACGUUUUCUUGUGUUCUUGUACAUUUCUUUGUAUAUAAGUUAUUGUCUAAAUAUACUUUAAUAUGUUUAAAUAUUGGCUAUUCACCUGGUAUGGCCACAAUUUGCAUAAAUGUUUUUCAACUAAAUGUCCAAAUAUCAUUUCUCUGCAGUUUUAGUUUAUAGUGGAUGUAGGAGUUUGGUUAAAAACAAGAGAGGAAUAAAAUUGUAAUUGUUUUCAUCUUUUUACAUGUAAUUUUUACAUUUCAAUACAUGUUUUUGCACCGAGAAAGUGAACCAUGAUCAGAGAUAAUGUUCAAUAAAUGAUGAAAUAGUGUAAAAACUGACACUUUUUUCACAUGGAAUCAGUUGUUAAAGACAUUUUAAAGACACAUUCUGUUUCUUUGUUGCAGUUUUAGGAAGAUUUGAAUAAAAAUGGAGGGGUGUAGCUUAGCAUUAGCAUGAAAAAAGAUAAAACAGACCUACUGUCAUGUCUGAAAUGUAUAAAUAAGGCUGCUAUUUUCUGUUAUUUCAUCUGUAGCAGCAAUAUUUAGUGUGUUAGACAUUUUGUUAGUGACUUUUAGAAAUGUAAGAAGAACACCAUCUCCUGGAUAUAGUUUGAUUCUUUCAUUUAUUAUAUUUUGUCUAGUAUUUCCCUGCAACAUGACAAGCAAUUACAUUAAAAGAAAUGUUGAAACAUCAUGGAAGUCAUUUUAAGUGUGUGUAAGUCAAGUAUAAAUUAUGUUCCACAAGAAUAUGGAAAAUAAAUGUCACAUUUCAUAACUUUCCAUAAGCUUCUUUAAAAACAUGUCACCUUCAUAUUGAAGUCCUAUAGCCCCUGCUUAUUUGGUUUUUGUUUUAUGUAGGAUUAAUCAUUUAAUCAUAUGGCUAUUUGUUGUGUGUAUAUGUUUUUUGCAGUGAUUUGAUUUAUGUAUUUGAUGCUGUUUGAGAUAACAAUAGAUGUCUUUUUAUGGAGUAAAGAUACUGUAAACGUG